UAGUUACUUCGUGCACAGCCGAAGGCUUAGGCCAGGCCUCCGCCGCCAUGGGUGACAGCAAGCUUCCAGUCUUCUUUGCGAUCGCGCUUGCGGACGGGAUCUGCGCCGUGCUGUGGUUCAUGUCCAUCAGCCUGGAUGACCCGCCCUUCGAGACCGAGUCGGAGCUGACCGGGGCCUUUCUGGGAUUGCUGGCACUGGUGGGCACAGGCCUGUCCUUCGCAGUGGCUGCCAACGAGUCACUAGCUGUUUGGGGCCUGGUGGCGUUGAUGAAGGCCUUCUAUUUGUUUGGGACCUUAUCACUGUGCAUGUACAUGAUGACAGUCAAGAGCCACAAGCUCCACAAGAAUUAUGGCUACUUCCUGGUGGGGAUGCCCGCGCUUCUGUCCGCGGUGGUCAGCCUUGUGUAUGCGUUUACAAGCCUGAGCCGCGAGCUGGGCUCGAGCCCAGCGAGGCGCGUGCCGCCACAGACGCAGAUGCGGCAGAUGCACCAGAUGCACCAGAUGCACAUGCAGACGCACCCGAUGCAUGCCGGCCAGGCCCAACCUUUCACAGCGCCGUAUGCGCAGCCCCACUAUGGCUGCCCUCCGCCACACCCGCCAAUGCCAUACCAAUCGCCGAUGCCACCCAUGUCGCCUAUGCCAGGACCAGCACGUCCGCAAAGGUGAGUCGCUAUCUGAUGGUGCCAAAGAUGCACCCGGCUUCAGUUUCAGGAGCCACCGUUUCCGACAAAGGUUUGUGUAGGCGAGGGCAAGUGUUUGUUGCAAAAUCCCUUUGGCACGGCAUUUUCAUGAUGAAUGGUCCUGCCCUGAGAAGUGAACAGUAUUUCGGUCGUACACAUUGGAGAUGGAUUCCUUGGGUUAGCGAUGUUGGCUUGCACCUUAUCUCAACAGGUGCAUACGACCAAAGU